AUGUCGGUUGCUGUGAAGGAACUCCUGGGUGAGAGCCUCACGUUCUACGUCUCCGAAUUGUUCAAGCCAGACUAUGUUCACCCCUUCAUGAACAUCGAUGUCUCUGUGGUCUCGGACAGUGUCAAGCCCAUCCCGCCACAGUGGGUCAACGACGUUGAGCUGGAUGAGUUUGGGGCAGAGAUGGGAGAUGUGAUUGGAGAGGGCCCCGUCUUAUCCUGGAGCUCUGAGGAGCGGAAGCAGCGCUAUCUCAGUGCCCUGCGGAGACUGGAGCUCAAUGAGGAGAUGUUGACCUCCAAACGGAUGACAGGAAUGAGCAAGUCGGAGCUUGGACAAGAGAAGAAACGUGUCAAAGCGGAGCUGAAACGCUACGACACAGACUGGAAGAGACAGUUUAAGGUUCUUCCGAAUCACUCUCAAAAAGAGGUGAUGCGACCUUUGUACCUCUACUACAGGACUGUGAACAUGAAGGAUGGUUGCGCCGAGGAGGAGGAGGAGGAGGAGGAGGAGGAGGUGGAGGUGAGAAUCACGAUGAAAUCCAGUCGCGAGAAGGCUGAGCAGCAAAUCGGCCAACUGGAGGACAUUCUGCCAAUCGAGAAGGAAUACCGCGCCUACAAGAACAUCAAAGAAGAGCUCCAGAAGGCAAUUCCUGGGGACCACCAGCCGUUGAGUCGCAAUUGCGGAGCCUUCGUGCGUGAGCCUAGUGUAGCCUACUUGGAGCAUCCACGGAUCGCGAUGCGCCUCAGAGGUUUGGUGCUCUUGGCUGUCGCAGCCGCACUGGGGCUUUGGAACAGCACAAGCUUUGUGGGCAACGGGCUUCCAGGACGAACCUCCUCCCUCGCCCUUCAAGCAGAGGCCGCCCCCAAGAAGAAGGAAAAGGCGCCUUGGGUGGGACCCAAGAAGGGCUCUUGGGUGAAGAUCCUUCGGCCUGAGUCCUACUGGUAUCAGACCAGGGGCCAAGUGGUGAACGUCAACCAGAAGCCGGAAGUGAAGUACCCAGUGACCGUGAAGUUCGACCGAGUGAACUUCUCCAACGUGAACACCAACGGCUUCGCCCUCUGGGAGGUGAUUGAGGCUCCUGCCCCUGGUCCUGGUGAGGUCUGA